AUGAAAUUCCUAACAAUUUUUAUUUUUGGUUUAAUAUUAGCUACGACUCUUGCCCAGGAUACAACAACCGAAGAUCCUGCAGAUGGAGAUAAAACAACUGCAGCUCCAGCAGAUGGCGAUAAACCAACUGAUAAACCUGCAGAUAAACCAGCAGAUAAACCCGCUGAAAAGCCAGCUGGUGGCAAUAAGCCUGCGGGAGGAAAUAAACCACCAGCAGAUAGUCCUUCUAAAGGUGAUUCACCAGCCGCUACUAAAAAACCAGCCACCAAGAAACCUGUUCAAAAUAACAAUCUAAAAAAGGAAAAUGAAAAGAGACGCCAACAAAUUAAGAAACAACAAGAACAAAUCAAGAACAUGAAAAAAUUGAUCAUGAAGGAACAUCAGGCUAACCAAAAGAGACGCGAAGCUAUCCAGAAAAGGGCUGCUGAAAAUAAGAAGAGACAACAGUUGAUUAAGAAGAGAAACGAAGUCAUGAAGAAAAGAAGUGAAACCGUUAAUAAACAAAGGGAAUAUCUUAAGAAGUUAUUGGCCAGUAAUGCUGCUGCUAGAAAGAAGUUGAAUGCUGGUAGAGCUCCUAACAGAGGUUAA